AUGGAGUUCAUAAAGGGAGAAGAUAUAUAUAGCUGGUGUAAAAGCAAAGGUGUAGAUGCACAGAAAAGUUUAAGCAUUUUGGGAAAUUUUAUGGAAAUAAUAGAUGAAGAUAUUGUAAGUGAAGUAAAGAAAAUGUAUGGAAUAAAACAACCAUAUAUUGUAGAUAAAUGGAAAGGUAUUAAUGAUGAAAUAUGUGCCAUUUUAAUUAGUAAUGACAAUCAAUUAGAUGCAUCUGUAAUACCAGCUAAUAUUUUAAUUGAAAAGACCCCUGGAAAAAAAUGGAAAGUAAUGUGGCCAGUGGAUAAGUAUGUAGAUGGGGGACAGAAGACUAUACAAGAAGAUAGUAAAAUUGAGAGUACAAGUGCAGGAUAUUAUCAAAAUAAAAGUAAUACAUCCGAAGAAGAAUUAUUAGAUAAGGAUAAAAUAGAUCCCCAAGUUGAAAAUGUAAUGGAUAAAGUGGUUAGUCAUUUUGAACGAUGGCAUUAUGAAGGGGGAUAUCGGAGACUGAGAAUUUUUUCGGGAGUAACGCCAGUUCCUACAGGAGAAGAGAGCUAUGAUGUAUGGCGGGAAGCGGCAGUACAACAUUCGGAGGAGUGGAGAUGCCCAGAACAUAUAAAAAAAACAGAGGAUUGUGGAAAGUUUGAGGGGACCCGCUUUGGGGAUAAUUCAUGCUACAAGGAGAAGCUAAACCACACUUAUCAAGAGCCUAAUGAAACUCUCACCACUUAUAUUUAUCGGUUGGACAAAAUUCUAUACAAGCUGUUAGAUAAAGGGGGGAUUGAUCCACAAGAAAUUGAUGAAAGACGAUUAAAACAUAUAUUAAGGGGGGCAUUGACUACUAACCCAGUGGCUCAACGUUUAAGGUGUAUAUUGCCCAGGGAUCCUGCUCCUACUUUAGGUGAAUUGAUAAAAGAAGUAAAACUAGAAGAGGUGCAGAUUGAAAAUAGAGAGAAGACUCUAAAGCGAGUUAAAGUAAUUGUUCCAACUCCCGAAGUUUCGUCAGUAAAUGAGCAGUUACUAAAGUUAAUAGAGGACCAAAAUAAGAAAUUAGAUCAGUUGAUUUCUUUACAGAAUACAUCAUCUGGUAUGCCGAGACUGUCAUCAUCUGGACGAGGUAGAGGGUUCAGUAGAAGAAUUGCAGAUAACUCCAACAUCACUUGUUACAAAUGUGGACAAUUGGGACAUAGAUCGUUUGAAUGUAGUCAAGGAAGAAGUUUUCCUUCAUUAGUAACUACAUUUGAUAGACAUCAGGGUGAACCGCAGGGAAACGUAGAGGGGAUGUCGAUGAACCCCGCACCGACUCCCAACCAAUAA